GCCGCCCGCCCCGCUCGGGCACGUUCCGGCUGCCUCCCGGGCUGCGCGAGCCCCUCGCAGGCGGUGCAGCCAGGUGGCCGGUCACUUCGCCCGCCUCAGGCCGGCUGGGCGGGAAAGCGGCUCCCUCUCCCCGGCCUGAGCCCGCUGCGGGGAUGUGCCAUUGCCAUGGCGAGGAGGCUCUUCCCGGGGGCCUGGCUCAGGAAGCCCUACUACGGCCAGGUUCGCUUCUCUUAUAUGCGAAUGAAGUAUCUCUUCUUUUCAUGGCUAGGAGUAUUUAUUGGCAGUUGGAUUAUUUAUGUUCAGUACUCAUCUUACACAGAACUUUGCAGAGGGCAUGACUGCAAGAAAAUAAUAUGUGAUAAAUAUAAGACUGGGGUUAUUGAUGGAUCAGCAUGUAGUAGCCUGUGCACAAGACAAACUCUGUAUUUUGGAAAAUGUUUGUCAACCAAACCUAACAACCAGAUGUAUUUAGGAGUCUGGGGUAAUCUACAAGGUGUUAUAAAAUGCCAGAUGGAAGAAAUCGCUCAUAUUGAUCUCAGAACUGAACUGGAACCAAGGAAGGAAACUAUUCUGUUUGAUAAACCAACUAGAGGAACCACUGUUCAGAAAUUCAAGGAGAUGGUCUAUGGGCUUUUUAAAGCAAAACUAGGUGAGCAGGGAAACCUUCCGGAGUUGGUUAAUCUAAUCUUGUCUGUUGCUGAUGGAAACAAAGAUGGUAGAGUUUCCUUGCCAGAAGCAAAGUCAGCGUGGGCUCUCCUUCAGUUAAACGAGUUUCUGCUAAUGGUAAUCCUUCAAGAUAAAGAACAUACUCCCAAAUUAUUGGGCUUCUGUGGGGAUCUUUAUGUGAUGGAAAAAGUUGAAUAUACCUCUCUCUUUGGAAUAAGCCUUCCAUGGAUGGUUGAACUUUUCAUUCCCUCUGGUUUCAGAAGAAGCAUAGACCAGUGGUUUACUCCAUCAUGGCCAAGAAAGGCAAAAAUAGCCAUAGGGCUUCUAGAAUUUGUGGAAGACAUUUUCCAUGGACCUUAUGGAAAUUUUCUUAUGUGUGAUACGAGUGCCAAAAACCUGGGUUACAAUGACAAAUAUGAUUUGAAAAUGGUGGACAUGAGAAAAAUAGUGCCAGAAAUGAACUUGAAAGAACUGAUUAAAGAUCGUCACUGUGAGUCUGACCUUGAUUGUGUGUAUGGCUCAGACUGUAGAACUGUGUGUGACCAAAGUAAAAUGAAAUGUACCACAGAAAUAAUUCAGCCAAAUUUAGCAAAGGUGUGCCAUUUACUAAAGGACUACUUGCUUCGUGGGGCUCCUCUGGAAAUACAUGAAGAGCUUGAGAAACAACUGUACUCCUGCAUUGCCCUGAAAGUCUCAGCUAACCAGAUGGAGAUGGAGCAUUCUUUAAUACUGAACAACUUAAAAACUUUAUUGUGGAAAAAAAUAUCUCAUACAAAUGAUUCUUAGUUUGUCUCUAAAGAAAACAUGGAUACUGCUGUAGGAACUGGCCACUUUGUCAAACACAGCUUCAACAUUUUUUAAAUGCUCUAUGUAGCUUAAUCAGUUUCAUCGAUACUCCUUCGAACACUGCCACCCCAGUGAUUUUUCCAGCUGGAAAAAUGAAGUGUAUUUUCAAAUAUCUGCUUUGACAGAGACUACAGAAGCCAUAUGGCUACAGCACUCUCAUGUAGAGAGAGAGACAAUGCAGGCUUCAUGUUCUCCUUUUGCCCUUACCCAAAUUAACAUUUUUACCAAGGGCAUUUUAUUGAUCACAUUUGCUGUGCUCCUUCAAACUUAUUUGAGCCAAGCUUGAACAUUCAGAAAAAAAGCAUGGGGGUAUAGAGCUUCUGUAGCUGUAUUAGUUCAGAAAGUGAGUGUGGGAUAAAGUUUGAAUAUUUGGUCAUUUCAAAAACUUCCUGCAUAGGGGAGUCUACCACGUCAGAGAGAAGGGUUGUAACUUAUCUCCCUAGUGUGCAGUCUUUCCACAAUCAGGAAGUUUUUGAAAUGGAAAACUGCUGAAACUCAUGAAUUCUACCUGCACUCUUAAGUAACACAGUCCCAAGAGGGCAUUCGCCUUUAAUACUGUGAGACGUUCCAUCACUCUCCCACUGCAGUGGUUUUGUGAUUCUUUCGAAAGUUUCUUUAGGAGUCUGAUUUUACGAACACUUAACCUGAAUACCCACCACUAUUAGAAUCUAACAUGGUAGUAUCCAAGCUGCUGUCUAUAAAUGAAAUAUUUUCAUGUUUGUUUACUAAUUUUAGCAGGGCAGAAUUUGCACAUUAGUGAUUUUUAAGAGAAAAUCAAUGUGAUGAUUGAAAAAUGUUUUAAAGAAACUGGAGGUUUUUUGAGACCUGAACCUUUUUGUUAACUUUUUACAUUUGUAUACACAUUUACCUCAUGCAUACAUUGAAUGUUACCAAGUUAGCCGAAAUUUCCUAGUUAAAAACAUGCAUUGUACCAUGCUAGCCGUUAAAAUUGAAAUAAAGCAUGUUGCGUGCAUAUACAGACACACUGUAGCAGCAAUAUUUAUAGACAAACAGAUUACACAAAUUUAUAACAAAGGGGUUAAGUAUCACUGUUAUGAAGCCAAGGAUUUGGGGGGCACUUUAUGCAUUUUUUAUAUGGAUUACAUUAUUUUAAUGUAAUUAAUAGUCAGAUCAUAGUUGUUGCUAUUUGAGGUGAAAUAUUUGAAACCAUGGGGCAUAAGCCAGUCAAAGGUAAGCAUCUCUACUACCCUGUUUCCAUGAAUAUUUUCUCUGAAACUGAAUUCAAAAAGAAUAGGUAGGUAGCUAUGUUGGUCUGCAGCAGAACAGCAGGCUCCGAGUCUAGUGGCACCUUACAGACCAACAAGAUUCUCAGGGUGUAACAUCUCCAGUUCUCCACCAAGCUUUCGAGAGUCAAAGCUCCCUUCAGAUAUCUGGAGCAGCUUUGACUCUCAAAAGCUUAUACCCUGAAAAUCUUGUUGGUCUCUAAGGUGUCACUGGACUCAAAUUUCUGAAUUCAAUGUGCGCAGGACUACAGGCGAACCCAAUCUGACUACAACAGAGUAGUAGUAUGUGUUUAACCCCAACUGAAAUCAGAGGAGGAACUGUGCUUAAUAACGACCUGCUCUUUCCCAUAAGUAUCAGCCACCUUGGUAAAUCCUACCAGAGUUGUUGGAUCCAAGUCUGUUAGUCCAAAAGCCAAAUUGAUUAAGUGCUUUAGCUUAACUAAAUUAUAGAUCACUUGAUGUCAUCCUGAAAUGUGUAUUAGAUUAGAUCCAAAGGUUCCCAUCUGCUAAGUGGAGGAAAGGGACCACUGGAUCCAACCCACUAUUUUAAAGUUAAAGUUUGAAUUAAUAUUGUGCAAUAUCUAACCUUGUUCUAGGACCAAGGCAGGCUGGUUUUUAAACCUGGAUUUUCCUUGAGUUAGAGGCCAUGGGCAUCCUGAACUGAAACUCUAUCUUUGCUUUACUUGCAAAGCAGUAAAGUGAAAUAAGACAACGGGCAGAUAUAUGUAUAAGAGCACUUCUCCUAGUUCAAUUUUUGAAACUGUUUGGUAGUUUUUCCAGUAUCUGUUUUGUGUGUUUCACAGGCCUACAUGCAUGGUCUCCACUUCUGAACAAAUAUAACAACUUUGACUGCAAAUAGAUAACCAUGGUGUCUUUUAGCUUCUAGAUGUUAACACUACAUUCACUGCAGUUGGACAUUCCCUAAAUCUGCUCAACUGACAUGUCAUUCAUUGUUUUGCAGAACUCUUGUAAUGCACUUGUGUACAUGAUCCUUGAUACUAAUUUGUACUUUCCACCUCUUCACCUGCCACACUUCUAUUUCUCUUACAAGGGGGAGACGCUAAAUAAAAUGUUUUUAAAGUUUUUCUAUUUACAUUUAAUAUGCUGCUUUUGACAUGAUUUGUUCUACCCCCAUAAUCAACAAGCACUCAAAACAAUUUUUUGUGAUCCCUAAAUCAAAUGUGAAAUAUUAAUUUGUUUUACAAUCAUAUGCAUUGUUGCCUUGUAUAAAUAUUUUUACUAACCCACAGCAUCCACAUUUUUUUUUCUCAUUUGACAAGCAGCAGCAUUUGAUAUUUCCAACUACUAAGCAGCCCACAUCAUACCAGGCAUGUAUUUAUGCCAGGAAGAUCUAAAUGUCAGUAUUGUUACAAUCAUUGCUCGGUGGUAGUGGGGAUCUUGAGCCAAAUAUUCCUAGACAUUUAAAUGAUUUGAGUAACAAAGCAGUUUCUACUGUUUUACUUUGAUUGCUGUUACACCAUCUUCAUGAGUUUUCAUUUUGAAUAUGAACUGUUUACAAUAAACUGAAAUUAUUUCA